AUGAUCGCCACAAAUCAUCAAACAACUGUUCCCGAGGAAACACAACUUCACAACCCAACAUCGGACAAGCUAUCGUCAAGUCCUACAGCCGAUGAUGUCGAAAAACAAAGGACUAACGAUUCCGAAGUGGUCACUGAGAAGCAUUCGGCUUUCAAAAGCCUUGGCUGGUUAGAUCGUUUCCUAGCCUUAUGGAUCUUCCUUGCAAUGGCCAUCGGGAUCAUACUGGGAAAUUUCGUGGAAAAUACAGGACCCGCGCUGCAGAAGGGGAAGUUUGUUGGGGUUUCUAUUCCGAUCGCGAUUGGUCUUCUGGUUAUGAUGUACCCCAUUCUAUGCAAAGUGCGAUACGAAUCUUUGCACCAUAUCCUACGACAACGUGGUAUCUGGGUCCAGAUUGCAUUUAGCAUCAUUGUGAAUUGGAUUAUUGCACCCCUCUUAAUGCUAGGACUGGCGUGGGCUUUCCUACCAGAUGAACCAGAACUGCGAGAAGGGUUAAUUCUAGUCGGACUAGCCAGAUGCAUCGCUAUGGUACUUAUAUGGACCAGCCUGGCCGGCGGUGAUAGUGAAUACUGCGCUAUUCUCGUUGCGAUAAACUCACUGCUGCAGAUGGUGCUCUUCGCCCCCUUGGCCAUUUUGUUCAUCAAUAUCAUUGGCAACUCGGGUAGCCAUGUCACACUCUCCUAUGCUACAGCUGCUAAAAGCGUGGCAGUGUUUCUCGGCAUCCCACUAGGCGCUGCAAUCGUCACUCGCAUUACCCUACGGAAGAUCGCCAGUCCACGUUGGUACGACCAGGUUUUCUUGAAGUGGGCCGGCCCAUGGUCACUCAUUGGGCUCCUUUUCACGAUUCUUGUGCUUUUCGCUUCUCAGGGCCGCCAGGUGGUUCAUCAGAUUAUAUCUGUGAUACGAGUUGCCGCUCCUCUUAUUGUUUAUUUCAUCAUUGUCUUCUUCGUUACUCUGCUGGUGACCUACAAGCUUGGAUUUGGUUAUAAGUUAGCUGCUACUCAGAGCUUCACUGCUGCCAGCAAUAAUUUUGAGCUUGCCAUUGCCGUUGCUGUUGCAACUUUUGGUGCUGACAGCAAUCAAGCGCUAGCCUCUACUGUCGGGCCUUUAAUUGAGGUUCCUGUGCUGCUUGGCCUUGUCUAUGUUGUCAAAUUUAUCGCCAAACGAGCUGGUUGGAAGGAUUGA